GAAACUCAAUAUGCUUGACAGCACUCUGGUGUUCCUACACUAUUUCUAAAAAUAUCAGGAUUACUAGCCCUCUUCCAAACAAGGAGUUAGCUAAAGUCCUGAUUGACCUUCCCCCUUCUAUGACGUCGCAUUCUCCAUAGCUUUCACAGCUAGUUGUUAUUACACUGCUAGCGCAGCCUCCUAUCUCAUCUCAUCUCAUUUGAAGAGAAAACCGAGACAGCCUUUUGCUCAUUACCAGAGUAAGAGGUACCCUAGGGGAAUUUCACUAGGGCAGAAUGUCAGUCGACGACGGCAAAGCAAGAGAUGAAGUUCACCAGGGAAAGAAAAGGACAAAAUUCGUCGGCUACUUAUGGGAUACUUUCGAUAAACCACCUGCUGAGCGGCGAUUACUGACUAAGCUUGACGCUGCUAUUCUUUCAUUUGGGGCUGUAGGCUAUUUCGUCAAGAGCGUGGACCAGUAUAACAUCAACAAUGCGUUUGUUUCGGGGAUGAAAGAAGACCUAGGGUUAUACCAGAAUCAACUUAACUAUAUACAGACAGCGUGGUCUCUAGGAUACAUGUUGGGGCAGAUCCCCAGUAACAUUAUACUCAGUCGAGUGCGACCCAGAUACUGGAUACCCAGUUUAGAAGUCUGCUGGUCCGUUCUUACCCUGUCAUUAUCAAGGUGUAACCGAGCCUAUCAAUUCUACAUCAUUCGGUUCCUUGUUGGCCUCUGUGAAAGCGGUUAUUAUCCCGGGAUCCAACAUUCACUUGGUUCGUGGUACAGACGAGACGAACUCGGAAAGAGAGCUUGUAUUCUGCAAAUGUGUAGCGCGGUCGGACAAAUGGUAUCGGGUUAUAUGAUGGGAGGAGUAUACCACCUGGGAGGCGUUGGGGGUCACAAAGGCUGGCAAUGGGCAUAUAUUAUUGAUGGUUCACUUUCCUUGCCUAUGGCUAUAGCAGGAUACUUCUUACUUCCAGACGUGCCCGAAAUUACCAAAUCAUGGUAUCUCAGCGAGGAGGAAAUAAAACUGUCUCAGCUUCGUAUGCAACUAGAGGGACGGAAGCCUCGCUCGAAUUACACAAAACAAAAAAUGAAGAGGAUUUUUUCAUCCUGGCAUAUUUAUUUGCUGUCUCUUCUCUAUGUAGCAUUCAACAAUGGAUCCACGAACACACAACCAGUAUUUCAACAAUAUCUGGGGCAUUCAGAACAUCCCAAGUACACAGUAUCACAAAUAAAUAAUUAUUCGACAACCACUUCUGCUCUUCAGGUUUUAAUGACAUUGAUAUAUGCUUGGUUAUCGGAUACCAUUCUCAGAGGCAGACGCUGGCCACCUCUUGUAUUUGGAGGGGUUGUGAACAUCAUAUGCUAUGUAUCUCUGGCGGUGUGGGAUAUUCCCAAAUGGUGGAAAUGGACUUGCUUCAUUGCAAGCGGCGCCUCUUAUGGUUUGGGUGGACUGUGCAUGGCCUGGGCCAACGAAGUCUGCGAAGACGACAGCGAGGAGCGCGCCAUAACCAUUGCGGCGAUGAACGAAGUCGCAUACAUCUUGCAGAUAUGGCUACCACUCAUUGUCUGGCAGCAAGUUGAGGCUCCGCGGUACUUCAAGGGAUACGUUACUGUCUCCUUCAUGUCUGUACUCCUUAUUAUUAUGUGCUUUAUAGUGCGCCGUCUCCAUAAUAGAGAAAUCUCGACCCGAAAAUCUCAUGCUGCUGGUACCAGCCCGCAGGACGAUGAAAUCAUCGAAAAUACCAACGGGGCGGCAAUCAAAACCAACCAUCUGACAACGGACUCGAGCAUCGAUCUCAUUAAGUCCGAGACCUUGAUAUCAUCCGACUCAUCAUCGUCGUCGCCGGUGUCGCGUGCUGCAUCUUCAAAGUGUUCUGGAGAGUAUUCGUAUCCGGAUCGUAUCAUGAUGACUCAUUUUCCAGCGGAUUCUGUUGUUAAUAUUGAGAUGGAGACUCGUCCAUCGAAAAUGAUUUGAUUGGGGACAAGUCUCGCUGCUCACUGAAAAGCUUCAAUUGCUUCAUAUUUCUGCGAUGAAUUGUACGAGCAAACAAUAUCUUUUAUUUCUUAGGGCUACAAGGUACCUAGUUUAUGUUGUGUAUCUGGUGGCAAGAGUCUAGGUGAGCACAUAUAACUUACUUAUUCAUACGCAUUUCUUAAUGUCAAUUUCAAUGUUACUUUGUUAUGUCAAGUCACCAAACUGG